AUGCAACCCUUUGAUCCACGCUCCAUCAUCAACGGCAGCAUGAUGAAACAGUUUGCCGGCCAGACCGUCAGCAUUAUGGUGCGCGUGGAGAGUGUCGCCGGGUCCACGCUGCUGGCCAAUUCCACGGACAAUCAAAAGCUGCGCAUCAAUCUGCCUACCGAUCUGGAUGCCGCCCAGGGUGCUUGGGUGGAGGUGAUUGGAGUCCCCCAUGGCGCUGAUACCAUACGCGCCAAGGAGGUCAUCGAAUUCGGCGGCGAGGACAUUGAUUUUGAUACGGAUGGCUACAACGGUGCUGCACAUCUAAUGAACAAUGUCAAAUCGUUCUACCGCAGCGGCUGA